AAGUUGAAACUGUUGGCAGAAGCCCAAAGUCAAUAUUACAGCCAAGCAAAUACUGCCUGCAGUGCCACAUUAGAACAGCUUGAAGACCGUUCAUUUUUAAGUGGCAAGAGACUUCCUCAUCUCCAGAACCACAAAAGCAAUUGUGCCUUCAGGAUGAUUUCAUUCAGGCAAACAGCUUAUUUCAUUUCCUUGUUUGCUACAGUUUCCUGUGGAUGUCUGAUUCAACUAUAUGAAAACUCCUUCUUCAGAGGUGGGGAUCUAACUGCUGUGUACACCCCCAGUGCCCAACACUGCCAGAUGGUGUGCACAUUCCACGCUAAGUGUUUGCUAUUCAGUUUUCUUCCAGCAAGUUCAACUAAGGAAGCAGGGAAGAGGUUUGGUUGCUUCUUGAAAGAUAGUGUUACAGGAACCCUGCCAAGAGUGCAUCGAACAAAUGCAAUUUCUGGACAUUCCUUAAAGCAAUGUGGUCAUCAAAUAAGUGCUUGCCACCGAGACAUUUAUAAAGGAAUCGAUAUGAGAGGAGCCAAUGUUAAUGUAUCUAAGGUUAACAGUGUUGAAGAAUGCCAAAAAUGGUGCACCAAUAAUAUUCACUGCCAGUUUUUCACAUAUGCCACACAAACAUUUCACAAUGCAGAGUACCGGAACAACUGCCUAUUAAAGCAAAGUUCAAGUGGAACGCCGACCAGUAUAAAGGUGGUGGAUAAUGUGGUGUCUGGAUUCUCACUGAAGCCCUGUGCACUUUCAGAAAUUGGUAAUUGUGUGACUACUGUUUCACUAAAUGUUUGUUUCCUUAAGACUUCUCGGAGCGGGACACCAAGUUCCCCUACUCCUCAAGAAAACACCAUAUCUGGAUAUAGCCUUUUAACCUGCAAAAGAACUUUACCUGAACCCUGCCAUUCCAAAAUCUACUCUGGAGUUGACUUUGGAGGGGAAGACUUGAAAGUGACCUUCGUGAAUGGAGUGAAUGUUUGCCAAGAGACUUGUACGAAGAUGAUUCGCUGUCAGUUUUUUACUUAUUCCUUACUCCCAGAAGACUGUACGGGAGAAAAGUGUAAAUGUUCCUUGAGAUUAUCUUUGGAUGGUUCUCCAACUAGCAUUACAUAUGGGACACAAGGGAGAUCUGGUUAUUCUUUGAGGUUGUGUGAAGCUGGGGACAGCUCUGUCUGCACGACAAAAACAAACGCACGCAUUGUCGGAGGCACGAACUCUUCGUGGGGAGAGUGGCCCUGGCAGGUGAGCCUGCAAGUGCAGCUGGGAGCCCGGAGACAUAUGUGUGGAGGGUCCAUCAUCGGACAGCAGUGGGUCCUGACUGCUGCCCAUUGCUUUAUUGGGCUUCCCUUACCCGAUGUUUGGCGCAUUUAUAGUGGCAUUUUAAGUCUGUCAGACAUUACAAAGGAAACACCUGUCUCACUAAUAAAAGAAAUUAUUGUUCACCAAAACUACAAAAGCUCAGAAGGUGGUUAUGAUAUUGCCUUAAUAAAACUUCAUGCUCCUUUGAAUUACACCGAAUUCCAAAAGCCAAUAUGCCUACCUUCCAAAGGUGAUAUAAAUACAAUUUAUACCAACUGCUGGGUGACCGGCUGGGGCUUCUCAGAGGAAAAAGGUGAAAUCCAAAAUACUCUGCAAAAGGCAAAUAUUCCUUUGGUAACAAAUGAAGAAUGCCAGAAAAGAUACACAGAUUAUCAAAUAACCAAAGAGAUGGUCUGCGCUGGCUAUAAAGAAGGGGGAAAAGAUGCUUGUAAGGGAGAUUCAGGCGGCCCCUUGGUUUGUAAACACAACGGAAUAUGGCGUUUGGUGGGCAUUACCAGCUGGGGAGAAGGCUGUGCCCGCAGAGAAAAACCCGGUGUCUACACCAAAGUCGCUGAGUACGUGGACUGGAUUUUAGAGAAAACACAGGGCGGUGAUGGAGACAGUUUGAUGAGGUCGCUGGCGUGACGAGGUUAUUCUGUGAGGAGGAGCCCAGUUUGUGGCACUAUUUUCUCAACCUGGGUUCAAGUCAGAUGCUGAGCCUUGGAGUCCUCAUCUGCAACACGCGGAGAGUGGUGUCUACCUCGCAUCCUGUCAUAAGGAUGAAAAAGACAGUGCACACAGGCUGCCGAGGACAUGUCUUGCUCAGGCGUGCUUUCAGCAUCCAGUAACUGGGGCUAAGCAUGGGAGAUCCCAACUGAAGAUCUCCACGACUGUUGCAAAAUAAAGUGGCAAAAGAGCAUGA